AUGAAAAUUCCUAUUUGGUUAGACUGUGAUCCUGGCCACGACGACGCUCUUGCCAUCACAUUAAGCUGCUUCCACCCUGCCCUGCAAUUGCUUGGUAUUAGUGCAUCCUACGGUAACGCGCCUGCAACCAAGACGGCAUAUAAUGCUAGAUCUUUAGUGACUGCCUUGGGUAUGUUUGAGCAAAUUCCAGUAUAUGCAGGCGCUCAAAAGCCACUGUAUAGAACUCCUGAAUAUGCUCCUGAUAUCCAUGGCGAAUCUGGUCUUGACGGUACAGAAUUAUUACCUGAGCCUAAAUGCGAAUUGCAACAAGGUUCUUACGUGGAAGCAAUGGAAAAAGCUAUUUUAGAACAUGCUAAUGAAAUUACUAUUGUUGCUACUGGUCCCUUGACUUCUUUGGCUACAUUAUUGAUUCAAAAACCUCAUUUGAAAUCAAAGAUCAAGUAUAUAAGCAUUAUGGGGGGAGGUAUUGAAGUUGGCAACCGCAAUGACAACUGUUCUGCGGAAUUUAACGUUUGGAUUGAUCCAGAAGCAGCAAAUUUUAUUCUUCAAGAUCCAGAAUUAAAAGAUAAGUCUAUCUUGCUUGGCCUUGAUAUUACUCAUAAGGCUAUAGCUACGCAACAAGUUGUGGAUCAAGUGCGCGGUGUUGUUGGAAAAUCUAAGCUGCGUCAAUUGUUCUAUGAACUGUUUCAAUUUUUUGCCCAUUCUUAUGAGGGAGCUCAAGAUUUUAAGGACGGUCCUCCGUUGCACGAUCCCCUUACUUUGAUACCUCUAUUGGAGUUCUACGGCUGGGCACCUAAAUCCCAGGUUCAAUUCCAGUAUAAGAGACUCGAUUUGAGAGUGGUAGACGAUGCCACGCACUCAGAUUUUGGCAAGACUUGUGUAAUAAAAGAAUACGAUCCUAACGACAAAAGGGGAACCAUGGUUGGAUUCAAUGCAAACAUGGAUUUCUUUUGGAAACAAAUUCUUGAUUGCUUGGCGGAAGCAGAAAAAUCUUCCACUAUAGAAUAA